AUGUCUUUCUUCAAGAAGAUCGUCAAGGAGUUUGACGAGCUGCGCAUGGGCGACAAGGACAAGGACAAAGAGGAGGAAAAGAAGACAGAUGAGCACUCCUACUCGGGCGGCGAUGGCCAACGAGGUGAACCCUAUCGCAGCGACAGCCAUCACAGCGGCCAGAGCGGCCACUACGGCGGUUACGCUCCCCCUCCCCCAGGCAACUAUCCUGAUCACAGAGGACCAGAGGGUUAUGGCACACCACCCGGUGGCCAUGGUGGCUACGGCGGUCAAGCCCCCCCGCCACCAGGCAACUACCCUGACCACAGAGGACCCGAAGGCUACAGUGGUCCUGAUGGCCCUGGCUAUGGAUCUCCCCAUCCACCCCCGUCCUACGGCGGUGGCGGCUAUGGAGGUUACGAGAACCGCGGCGCCCCUCCUCCUCCCGGUGAGCACUACGGUGGAGGCGACCCAGCCUACCAGCCUCCCUCCGACAAGCCCCCUCUGCCCCACGGCUGGAAGCCCUUCUUCGAUCAGCGUGCGCAGCGUUGGUACUAUGUGGAGGAAGCCACCGAUCGCACUCAGUGGGAGGCACCCGGCUUUGAAGGUCACGGUGGCGAGCACGGCUCGCGUGGCUUCGGCGGUCCUGGCGGCGACCACGGCGGCUAUGGUGGAGGUCAUGGCUACGGCGGUGGCUAUGGCGGUCACGGAGGCGGUGGUUAUGGUGGUCAGGGCGACGGCUACGGCGGUCAUGGUGGCGGCUAUCCAGGUCAUGGUGGUGGCUAUGGCGAGCACGGGAACUACGACGAGUCCCGCGGCCACGGUGACGAGGGCAAGGAGAAGAGUGACAAGAAGGCGAUGCUCAUGGGCGCGGCCGGUGGUCUGGCUGUCGGCGCUGUCGGUGGCGCCCUGAUCAACGAAGCGCUCGACGACAGCGACGAUGAGGCGCACGCUGCUCCGCCCCCUGAGACCACGGUUGUCGUGCAAGACGACGAUGGCAAUGCGGCUGUCACCGAGGUGCACCACCACUACUACGAGGCGCCCCCUGAACCUGAGGAGGAGGAAGAGGAGGGCAGCUCUUCAUCCUCUUCCAGCAGCUCAAGCGAGGAGGAGGAGGAGGAGGAGGAGGACGACGACUGA